AUGGCACGACUAGUCACGCACGUCUCCAUAGCGCUAGCCGCCAUCGCCGCACUCUCACUCUUAUACCUCUUGCGCCCCACAUCCAUCUACUGCUUCCCUGCGUCCCACCCACUCGCCCUCACCAUCUCGCACACUCCAUUCCCCUCCACCUCUUGUGAUGCCACCUCAUGUCGAGUGGUCCCAUCUAACCACCGCCUUGCUAAGCUUUGUGCUUCCCCGUGCUGGAGAUACCAUGCCACUUCCCUGUCUACAUCCAUGUUCCUACCACUCUAUGGCAUCGACAUCCUCGUUGCCCCUUCUCGCGUCCUCUGCCUUGCCGCCAGUGUCGGCCACACAGUCGAUGAUUUCCACGCUGCGGGAACCAGGGACACCACUUGGGACCUCAUCGACUUCCCACUGCUAGUCCACCACGUGGACCCCCACGACCUCCCAUUCUCUGACAGCGCCUUCGACCUUGUGUUCUCAGAUGACCUAUCGGUGACCUCCGACUUGCUCUUCCCAUCCCGCCUCGCAAGAGAGGCUGAGCAUGUCGUCCGUCGUGGUGGCGGCAUUGCACUAAUGCUGGACCGAGAGGUUGAGGAUGUCGUUGUUGCCACAUUAUUCAAGGGAUCGCGUGUCGUGGAUGUGAAGGAUGUCAUAUUGGAUGGCUCUUAG